CAUAUGUUGGGCAAAACUGCACUACUUAUUUCAGUUUGUCUAGCUCUAUCAGCUGCUGACUGUCCAGCAGCAUGGAAAGCAAUUUUGAACUCCCAGGCCGAAGAGAGUGAAGAUAACGGAUGUGAAGCUGGUUGGAAGUUUUUCAAUCGGCCAUCUGGAGGAUGGUGUAUGAGGGUAUUCGAGGGGUUCAAUGCAGCAAAAACCGACGCCGAAAAGUCCUGUAAAUCCGUGGGCUCAACACUUUCUGGGAUUCAAAACAGGAACGAGGCAUUGUAUAUUCAGACUGCCCUCCUCGCCCAAAUCGCAAGAUCAAGUGGCUCCGUCUGGGUUGGCAUGCAGAGAACCCAAAAAUGUCUGAAGCAACCAAAAUCGGACACCUGUUCAGCUCUCACAGCUUUCGAGUACACCGACGGAUCCGUGACCGGUACCGACGGAUUCAUCUUCCAGGGCAAUCAACCAGACAACAAGGAGUUGAAUCAGGAUUGUGCAGUUCUCCUAGCUUCCAAGGCGGCAAGUGUCUCGACUAAUGGCCAAUUCUAUGCAGCCACGUUGGAUGAUAUCAUGUGCGAUGAACAGGUCGAUGACAACGGGCCACGUGUCAUGCGCGGAUAUAUUUGUGGAAAGAAGGCCGCAAAAUAAAUGUUCUAACAAAUUUCAUUUUUCUAUUAUAUCGCUUGAAGUUCGAAUAAAACAAAUUUUGUUA